AUGGCGAGCACAAUUGCGGCCCUUUGGACAGACUGCUGGCAGAUCAACAGCAAAGGAUCAGUAAUGCUGAGCAUUCGAUGCAAAGGCCUUUGGAAAGAAUGUGUCUGGGACAGGUUUGUGAAGAUCUGGACGUGCGAUGGAUUCAGCUCCUAUUUGAAUCCCCAUCCAGCUGCCAUCGUCCUCGCCAGAGCCUUAAUAAUCACUUCAAGCCUCACAAGUGUUAUGGCGUUCUUCUUCCUGGUUUUUGGAUCCAAAAACUUCAACUUCUGUCAAGACACGUCUACAAAACUGCAGUGCUUGCGACUUUCAUCUGGACUCUUUUUCCUUGUAGGGAUAUCGUCCUCAGCUGGUGUUAUAAGAUACUGUGUAUAUGUCUACUUUAUUCACCAAUAUGAGGUGUCACUGAAAAUCCCAGGAUUCCCUGGUUUUGAGUACGGUUAUUCAUUGUGGAUGGCUGCAGGGGGUGGUCUAGGCGCCAUUGCCACAGCCAUAGCCACCUGUUGUCUGACGCGCUACAAAAAAAAGCCGCUUGCGGACAUAAAGGGAAACGCGGGUUCUGAUGGUCUGGAAGUUACAAAAACAUAUGUUUAA